UGUAUAAAAUUUCUUCAUGCGUUUCUACAAUGCCAGGAAUCUGGGCUCUUGUGCCAUCUGCUGAAAGAAUGUGGUGUGUGACAGCCUCCCUUCUAAACAUGGGACAGUGUGAAGACACGGGUCGGUUUGGCAGAGGAACAGCUGACUGCCUGCCCCCCUAAAACUUCUGACAGUCAUGCAGCUGACACUUACUAAAACGGCUGCCUUGGUGUGAAUCAGAGAAACAAGGUGAUAUCAUGAUGCAAACAGCCAACUAACUGCCUUUCUCAUUGACCAGUUGGUUUUAUUGUCACAAAGUGAAACUGAACAAUGCACUUCUGUCAACAAUUUCUUUUCAUACUCGUUUGACAAGCUGAAGCAAAAAUUGGAACCUUAAAAUAUGCCACUCUGUGUGAGACAUAGACACAGCCAUCUCCAUCUCAUAUUUGUUUUUACUCAGGAGACAGCGAAUGUCACACUUGUAUCACCUUUCUAAUUAUAAACCUGAGCCUGUGCUCUCCAAGAAUGGAAGUUUAGCCAGGCCCAUCUGUGGCCUAAAAUUAGCCCCCACCCCCCAGAAAGGAGUGAACAUGCACACACACACACACACGCACACACACACACACAAACCAUACUGCACUUUUCACAACUUACAGCUCCUGUGGAAGCAUCACACUCCUUCUUGGACGUUGCUCUUCUUCCAUGUGACUCAUUACUAUGGGGUUUAACUUCUCUGCUCCUCUAAUGUCUUUGGAAAUAACACCAGCAAGUACCUAGAUGACAUUGAAGAGCUUUGGCCUGCAUCAGCCUGGAGUUAAAUUAUGGUUCAGCGCCAAGCUGUCAACAUGAGUUUGAUGGACAUUUCUAAGAUCUUCUCCCUGCUGCAGCCUAAGGAGGAGGAUGAGGACAAUGAGCACUGUCAGGCCUUGAACAACGCCGUGAGCAGCGACAACGUGACUCUGCUGUCCGAGCUUCUGUCUCAGGAGAGCUGCAGGAGGUCUAUCAAUGCUCGAAGUGGGUGGGGGGUCCCAGUAACUCCCUUGCGCACUGCUGCUGCUCUGGGACACCUGAGGUGCUUGGAGGUGUUGUUGGAGCAUGGAGCAGAGAUCGACAGUCUAGACGUGAAGGCCCAGACGCCCCUGUUCACAGCUGUCAGUGGAAAACAUCUGGACUGUGUGGCUGCCCUGCUGAAGGCCGGAGCCGAUCCUAAUGGCAGUCAGUACAACAAUUGCUCCCCAGUGCUGACUGCUGCCCGGGAAGGCGACGUAGACGUGCUCCGAGAACUGCUGAAGUACGGAGCCGAGGUGGAUGUCAGACCCAAAGUCCCAGAGUGGGCUUCCAAUGCCACAGCCUGCAGGGGGCCCCUUUAUAUCUCUGCUGUUUAUGGACACCUGGACUGCUUUAAACUGCUCCUUCUCCACGGAGCCAACCCCAACUACAACUGCACAGAUGAGAAGAUGCUGGCCAGGAUCAAGCAGCCAAAGACAGUUCUGGAGGUGUGUCUCCGUUAUGGCUGCGGAGUGGAGUACAUCCAGCUUCUCAUAGACUUUGGAGCAGAUGUGUAUCUGCCUACUCUGAUCAUUGACAAGACUACGAAGCAGAACGAAGCCCUGGUUCUGCUGCUCAAAGAGAGAGUUUGCCCAAAAACACUCAUGUCACAGACUCGGCUAGCGAUACGAAGAUGCCUCCCCCUUGCAGACAAGGAGCCAUCCAUUGACGGUUUGGACAUUCCUCUCAUCCUGAGGAACUACCUGAAGCACGACACCUCUGAACUGAUAUGAUGCUCACGGUAGCAUCAGAAUAUAUGGCCAAUGAUUUUUUUUUUUAAUCUUAUUGCUGUACUCACAUGACUGGAUCAUUGAUUUUCCAUAAGAUUUUCCCAGAGUAGAACAAGAUAACGGACACUCGCACAGCCAAGCUCCAUGUGACAUGUAUAUAUUUAGAGGUCACUCCAUUGUCUCAGUGCUGUAAAUUCUUGUUUCUAUCAUUUAUGCAUUCAGAUUAAUGUUUGUGGCUACCAAUAGAUCAAGUUUAAACAGACAUUUCAGCUCAACAAAGCUCAUUAAAGUGUCUUUGUCAAACACAGAAAGAUGUUCCCCAACAGACGCCAUGUUGGAAACUGCCUUGUCCUUGGGAAGUGCAUUUGUGUAAUGCCGUGAUUGACCACUAGAGACCACAGUAACACUGCUUAGAGCUCUGUUACACAUGAGGCUUCUCUGUUAAUACCUCUUUGUGUCACCUUUAGCUGUCUUUUUCACAGGUGACAACACACAAUCAAAGAUAGUCUCCCUUCACUGGUUUAGACAUCCACACCCAUCUGGAGAGACACACACAGACAUAGUAUCUGUAGCACACCAGAGUGUUUUAGAUCCCGUCUAAGAAACAAUCUUGUAACUUCAAAACAUUAGGAAGCGGAAUGAUCUACACUUCAGAAAGGCCAACUGGGAGAAUAUACUUGCAGUCUCAUCAAGUCUCAUUACAUAUUGAUUGCAGCAUAGUUACAUGCAGCCUACAGUUUUAGGUUGGAGGUUUGUUGAAAUUUUGCUUUUGUGACUUGUGAAUACCUUCCUGAUAAUGUUAUUAUCUCUUGUUUGUACGCUGUUCUAUCUUCCUUCUGUAGUACAUCCAGGAGUUAAUGAGUCAGCUGUUGGGAA